AUGAAGAACACAACAGAAGAUGACAUAUAUGCAUACGCACUGUCCAAGACACUUACAAAAGUCUCAUCACCUUUAACUGUGGGACUCUACGCUUCAUGUGAGAAUCGAAUCAACAUGAUCCUCAAACAAAUGCAAGUGUACAUGAAUUCAGAGGCUUCAAGGAUUGAGCAGGAAUAUGCAAAAGGAUCCAGGCCUCGUUCGGUUAAGCCUUCAUUUACCGGCUUUUUUGCACUUAUUGGACGACUGCUCUUCUACAGGCCAAUCUGGACAAAGGAGAACCAGCAGGAACGAAACGUCAGAUUCAUUUAUGUGCAUUUCAGUGCUUGGCAUUUUGCCGGUAGUGACCUGCUUUGGGCCGGUAUAGCUAUACGGCUGAUUGAGGCCAUGCAAAUGAACUUUGGAAAAUUACAACUUUUACUCUACCGUGUAGCUCAACAUGAUGAAGAAGAGGAAGUCAAGAACAAGAUUGUGGAGGAUGGUCCUAACCACUGGAGUUCCAAGAAGAUUUGCUGCUGCCCACUGUGGCUUUUUCUCCUUUCCCUUCUGGUGGUACCACUUAUCAUCCUGAUUAUCCUGUUAACGGUUGGCUUUCCCAAAUUUGGACUGAAACCAGAUGAGGAGGUGGAUGACAGCAAUGGCCAGGUGGGUGUGCUGGAAGGCCUGGCAAUUGCCACAUUAGGGGUCCCUGCAGUGAGCAUACUGAAGUUUAUCAUUCUGAUGGGGAAGAACUUCAUCUUCAGCCAGACACUGAACAUUAAGAGAGGGAUGGACAAUGAGCGGCUCAGUGGUCAGUUGGGCUUCAUGAACGAAGUCAGGAUGGAAAUGUGGUGUUUGUCCCGCUUCAUCCAGUUUAUGGAAGUGUUCGAGAGGAGAAGGAUCCGAAUCGUGCUGAAUAUCACUAAUCUGGACCGCUGCUCUCCUAAGAAAAUUGUUGCAGUCCUGGAUGCUAUGAACAUUUUGCUUUCAGAUGAAGAGAGCCCAUUUAUUUCCAUUCUUGCUGUAAAUCCGGAAGUCCUUGUAGAGAAAGUGAACUUUGCAGAUGGAUGCUUGAGCAAAGAGGACAAAGCAUAUGCAUUGCUGAACAGCAUAGUGACUCUGCCCUUCACAGUCCCACCACUGUCCAAUGAUUCAAAGCGCAGUUUACUUUACAGACUUAGUAGCAAGUCAAAAAUUCAAGAGGAUUCUCCCACGGUUGAAGUCAAACACAGAGGAAUUCCUUAUUCCUACGAUUCCUCCAAUUCGUCUCUAGAGAAGGUUACAUCUGAAGCAAAGGAGAUGUACCCUCUGAUCAAUACAAAAGCAGCAAUGCUGGAUAUAAAAGAUGAACUAGAUAACUUAAUCAGAAGCAUCCUAAGCAGUAAUGACAGGAAUCUAAGCAAGUACAUGCUAGAUGAUGUCAUGUCAAUGAGAAGAGUGAUCAACUCUAUUCGAGUAACUGUGAUAAUCAUGAAAGCCUUAAACCUAGAGCUUCCUCAACCAGAAUACAUUGCAGCAUGGGUGAUCCUAGCCAAUCACUGGCCCUGCCGACUCAGCUGGAUCCUCCAGUGUGUGGAAGAUGCUCAACAAAGGGCAGAUAUUGAUGGUGAGGCUGGGCCCAGCGAUUAUGAUUCAAAGACCUUAUGGCAAGUCUUCAGUGUGUCCCAAGCAGAGCUGUAUGUAAUGAGUGGACAGAUUGAGGACUUCCUGGAGCAGGAUGGAGAUGCUGAGCUGUUCGAAAAUCUUCUCAAAGUAGAUUUCCAGUUCAAGGUAAAAGACUUGAAGACAUUUGAAGCAGCAACAGUGAACCUAGAUCAUUCAAUUAAGAAUGAGCUGGCUCACAUCAGAGGGACAUCCAGGCUGAAAGAUUCUGGUUGGAUGAGGAACCUAGCUCCACUGCCAAUCACAAAGAUCAUUAAUAUGAACACCGAGGAUGUAUGUAAAGAGCUGGAGAGGAUGCGAUACCCCAGUAAGUACAUCGACAUUGUGAAAAGCAAUGACCUCAAUGGGUCAGCGCUGGUCUUCGGCGAUGUGGAAGACCUUAAAGACCUCCUACAAAUGACUUUUGGUUUCUCAUCAUUAUCUGUCUAA